AUGGAUACCUUCUCACAAAAUAAUAAUAAUAAUAUUCCCAAUAAUAAUAAUAAUAAUAAUAAUAUUGUAGUCUUUGAACAAGCAUCAAAAGUAUUAACAGAAUUUGAUAAACAAAAUGAAAUCAAACAAUCUAAAAUAAUUUUAGAGUGUCCUCAAGACUUAAAAGAUGAUCAACCUUUCAAAACAUUUAUCAACUUUGUCAACAAUUCAUGCAGAUUUGCUAGCGAUUCAUCAAAUGCAGACAAUUUGAAACAGGUUCCAAUCAUAUACAAUGAUAUCAAAAAGCUUAUUAUUGAACUCAACAAUGAAGUUAAGCAUGUUGACAAACUUUCAAACCAAGUAAAUCAGAUCGCUCGCCAAUUGGUCUCAACCGUGAAAAAUUUCCAAAUAUUUAUACGACCGAUCCUACCAAGAGUAGAAAAAAUGAAAACAGACAUCUUAGUACAUCAAGAUUGUAUUAAAACAGAUGAUGAUCUUUCAGAGGUUGACCAACAGGACAUUGGUAUUGCGCUCAGUAAUCUCACAACUGGAUCGGAUGAGAUUUCCAAACAUAUUCUCAUCUCUCAAAAUUUCUGUGGUUUACUUAUUGGAGGAAUAGUUUGGAUGGUUGUCAAAUUAUUCAAGACCAGUAAUCAAUCAUCAUUGGAGAAAUUGACUCGUAUUCUAGCAGGUAUUGAACGUCUCAAGAAUAUAAACGACUAUUUCAUCCGUUCAUUCAGCCAAUGUAAUGUGGAUGACAGUAGAGUUAGAACUAAUUUAAAAGAAAUUUCAGAUAGUAUGAAGAGCUUAAGAUAUAGAAAGUUAAAUCGAGCUGUUUUCCAACAAUUGGAAAAAAAUACCAAUUCUCUAAUCCACAAUCUUACAAUCAUUUCUGAAAUGAAGGUAAUGGAUAACUUACUAGGAUCCUCUUCAACACCCAAAACUAACCACAUAAAAAGAUUAAAAGCACCUUCAAAUUUAACAAAUUCAAUCAAACAUUAA